GCAGAAUCAUGGUUGACCCCAGGGCUUAAAGGGUACAAUCCAAUUUUCCUCAACAAAUGUAAUACUAUUAGGCAGGAUACAAACAGACGACCCAUAAGGGAGGAGUCUCUUAAAAACGAGCCAGAGACAGAUAGAGACAGAGCAGCUGCUCAGAGGAAAGAGACAAUCCCCACAAAGGCUUGGAAACAGAAAACAUAGGAAAAAGUCAACUUUCCAAAAUUUGUAGGCUGAGAGGAGAGGACAGCAUGGGAACAGAAGAAUAAAUGAUCUCACCUGACCACUGUGAGCUGGAUUUGGAGUCUACUGAGGCCUAAGGGCUGAGCGGAAGAAUCCAAAAGGUUUGAGUUUGAAGAGUUAGCAAACUCUCUGAACUACAGAACUGGAAAAACUGUCUUUCAAACUUCUGGGAUUGAACUUCAAAUGAACUUUAGCUGACAAAGUGAGUAAGCCUGAAAGACAAAGCUGAGGGGAAAAGAAGAAAAUCACCCGGGAUUAAGAUUCACAAUAAGAGCCAUGAGGGUCUUUAACAAGAACCUUCGCCUUCAGGACGUCACCAUCAUGUACUUCACCGCCCUAGCUGCUCUCAUGGUCAUCCUGGUGGCUUCGUAUCAGGCGCCCACCAAUGCUGUGGAAGUGUCCAUUCUUAAAUCAAGCCCACCCAGCCCUCUACCACCUCUGCCCAUGCCUUUUCGUGUGCCCCUUGACCCACUGGGGGAUCUCCAACUGGCAUGGAACAUCAGCUACGCCAACCAGGAGGUGUACAUGGAGCUGAGGGUCAAGGAGCUCAAACAUGGUGUCGUCUUGGGAAUGUCUGACCGUGGGGAGCUGACCAACGCUGACCUGGUUGUGCUGUGGGACUCUGGGAGUAAAAGCUACUUUGGGGUAAGACCCUAUACCAUUAAAUUUAGAAUACUGGGAACAGUGGUUAUUAGAAGUGAGAGUAACAAGCAGAUUUCUAUAGGCACUGUAAAUCAAACCUUUUACCUGUCUUUCUCACUCACACUUGCAAUUCCCUCUUCUAAGUGUUCUUGUUAAGUUCCUAAAUGCACAGGGAUUACAUAAAGUCCUUAUAGAGAGGAGGCGUCUUAGGUCCCUGGGGUGUGAGAUUGGUGUUUUUGCAGAAGGAGCCGGCAGACAGUUUGCUUCACACUCUCACAAAGAGUGUUAUCGGCCCCUGGUAAUGGGAAAUCACUCAAACUGCACUAAUAGCUCAAGUUCAUGUGUGAAUCAUUAGGAGAUAUUAGCAUAUCAAAAUUGAAUCCUGGGCUGAUUAAGAUGUGUAAAAAGGCCUCAUUUUGCCACACACAAAUCCUGUAGAGAUUUUUUCCUUCAAGAAAUUCCCUGAUUAAUGUCUCUAAGAGGCAAUUUAUGCAUGAAUCCCAUUUACCUAUCUUUUUCAAUUGCUUUUUGUCCAUGUAAAUAUUCAUGAGAAACCGUGAGGAGGAUGGAUGCUAAUUGUAGUAACAAAUGAUGCAGAAUUUAUUCUUAUUCUUCUCCCUAAUAAGGUUAUCUCUAUCACAUAAUUAACAGAUUAAGUGCUAACAAGUUGAAUGGAUGAUAUAUAUUGGGACCCUGAGGAACCUAUUUUUACAGGGCUAGUUUUAGAACCUGCUUCUGAGGAUGACUGAGAGUGUUUAUGUAAUUUGCAUAACAGGAGCGAAGGUCACCGGUGGAUUGAAAGUGAAUUAGCAGCCUCUAAUGUCUAUACCACAAUGAUCUGCAUGUGUCAGAGGACUGACAGUUAAAAAAAAAAAAACACAUGACGUGCCUCUAUCGCCUUCCUAUAAAAUUACGAAGCCAAAGUACUGCCGUAACAGGUGCUGACUAAAACACAUUUGACUUUCUGAUGAGACAGAGAAAAUCCCCCAGGUCGAUACUGUCCACAGCAGAACAGACUCCUGUGUCCAUCUGAUGCACUCAUGAUUAUGGAGAGCUCCAGUGUUUCUGUUUUUUUCUCUCUCACAGUUUUUCUUCUACUCUGCUAAUCCAGUAAAGAAGACAGCAGGAACUCAUGAUUGUCAACAGAGCCGUCUAUCAUGAUGUCAUGUCUUCUGUUUUAACGUCAGAUAAUAAAUUCAGAAUAUUAUUCUAUGAAAAAUUGGCACUUUAACUCAAACCAAAAGAUUAUUUGUCAUGUAUUCUUAAUUUUUAGUUUGAGGCAUAUCCCAUCUGUAUUAAAGCUGUCUCUAAGGCCUGUAGCUCAGCCCAAUGAACAACUGGUAGUUCACAUGUUGCAAUUACUUUUAUUAUGUCAUUAAAAAUUUGAACAAAUCUAAAUGUAAGUUGUUCCACUGAGAUCUCAAUUUAUAACUUUAACAUCUGUUUUCAGGGCUACUUUACUUUUGACAAUGACGUAGGAGGCAUGUUGAAGAACUGGCAGAGUUUUCAGCUACUAAAUCAGCUGUGACGAACUCAAACUUUGUUAACUUUUGCAUAACACAUACAGUAUGUAGCCCUCCUACACAACUCUCAUAAUACCUCUGAUGACUUUGUAUGAAAGCUUAUGCUGCGUUCCAGUUACCGCAGAAGUCGGAUUUCGCAUCUGGGAAUGACGCUACACCAGAGUUGACGGCGUUCGUUGUUAGCUGUUGUUUACAAUUGUCAGCUGUUGUUCGCUGUUGUCAGCUGUCGUUCGCCGUUGUCAGUUGUUGUUAGCUGUUGUUAGCCAUUUUUAUUUGUUGUUAGCUAUACCAGUUGUAAACAAUGCACAAUACAGCAUUAACUCUACAAACACCAUAGCACCGUGUUCACAGUUAGACGCAGCACAACAUAUACCACUUAUUUAAUUUCACUAAAACAAAACAGAAGUGCUAAUAAAUAAAACAUUACAAGUGCUUUUACUGUUACUCUUUACUGUUGAUGCACUGCGCUGCCAUCUUGAAUUAUGAAGUUGUUGUUAAGUCAGGGUUGACGAAGACUGUCCGACUUCCGAGUACAACUUGAAUGCAGCAUUAGCAUGGGAGAUGAGCCAGUAAAUAUUACAGGUGUACUAAUAUUUUGAAAAUGCAUACAACAAAUAAAUUAAGGACAACAUGACUGUCUAAAGGUGCAGAGGCCCAUCUUGCUGAUAAAUUAGCUAAAUUAUGAGUGAAAGAAACUGUCAUGCACUUCUUAAAUAAAGUUAAACUCUUUUUCAGGUCACACUGUAUAACAUUUCCAUCAACAACGUAUGUGUUCAUGACUGAACAUUUAGAAAUAAAAUUAAGUUUUACCUCUUUAUAAUACCCAACGAUAUCUAAAUAAUACCAGGGAUUUUAGAGUUUAGUUUGUUGGAACCAACAUUUAGCUAAAAAGAAGAAAAUGUCAACUGUAUAUCCUUACCGAUCAGGAAUCCUUCAGAUAACCAGAGUCCACACACACGCACUUGGAGAGAUAAGGUCUUUGGCACUGAUCUCUGCAACCCAUGUUCUCCAAAACCUUUAUAUGAAAAUAAGAAAAAAAGUCACAAAUUAUAUAUAUGCUGACAUGAUUGACAGAGCAGUACACACAAACCUCUAAUUUAAUGACAGUUUCCUAAUGUGACGAUAACUACUGAAUGAAGAGACACUUCACAAAGAUUCUGUAAACAUAGUGAAGAUGAAAAUAUCCUUCAAUAGUGAAUCAGGAAUAUAUGAUUUCAGUAACUUUGCACCUCUCUAAGUGACCCUGUGGUUGCAUUUUAGUUGUUCUCUGCCAGGGGAUAAAUGAAAGAACCGCUACCAGCUGGUAGAGAAGCUGCAUGUAAUCCUUGGGGAUUCAUUUACAGUGACAAAUGAACAAAUAGAUUAAAAAUGAGGAGAAAGCGUAUGUUCUUGCUUGUGCAACUAAUGACUGAAAGCAGCUGUUAAAUGAUUGGUGUUACUAGUGUGGUAAUGUUACGUUUUAUGGCACUUCAACACUAAUACGGAGCUAAUAUGGUCUUUUAUUUCUCUGUUUCUCUAAAUUUAAUCAAACUAUCUCUCGAGGGGGGGUCUAACUCUGUGUUACAGUGUGUUUGACCAUGGUUUAAAGUUACGCUGGAAUAUCCCUUUAACACUGAAGCAUGCACAGAGGGCUAAAGACAUUUUUAAGUCUGAUCCAACUAUAAGGAGUUCAAUUUGGUCGAAUAUAUUUACAUGUUUUUAAAAGUCUAGUUUUAGUUGGACUGAGGCGAUAACUCGAUUUUUCAAACAGUGUGUAAACGUACUGACAGUAAGCGAGCAGCAGAGGAUGUUGAAUUGCCACUGCAGUUAUAGUCACAGUGCAAGGUGGCGCCGUACACAAAUCGCUUGUUGAAUUCAUUGUAACUGCAGCCAGUUAUCAAGAUGAACUGUAAAUGUUUUAGGCUUUACUAUCAGAGAGGCUUUGUACCAUCCCUCUUUUUAUACAGCUUGUAGUGAAGAGAAAUGUAAGGUUAAUUUUAGGUUAUAAAUUAUAUAAAAUCCCAGUAAAUGCUUCUUUAAUCCUGGUCUUCUCUGAUGAGUUUAAAUGUAUUGCAGAUCACCUUAAGUCUCUAUUUUUUGUAAAGUAUGUACUUAAACUCACUGUAUUGAGUCAGUGUAGUUACAUUAACGCUUAGCAUGUUAAAACUACUUAAAAUUACACCUUCUGUCUUUCAUUUCUCUUUCACACACAUUGAAAUUUGAUUUAACAUUAAGGUUCAGAAUAAAUUCUUUUUUCUUCUGUCUGCUUAUUUCAUUGAAAGGACAGCCCAGAGAGACGAAAAAGGGGAGAAGAGACAGAAUGGGGAUGAUGCAUAGUAGGGGGCUAGGGUGGAGGGUUGAGCCUGGGUAGGCUGUGUUAUGGACCAUGGGAUCUGUAUACGAGGCAUAUGUUUCACCUAUUUAAAGCAGCGCUCCAAUAAACGGAAAAAAGUGUUCAGUGUAACACUAAAAUUACGCAGCUGUGGCAUGUAAUUCUGAUGCUUUUUUGCUCUGUCUCGCAGCUAAAUAUAUUAUUCUUUGUUUUCAUACACAUUGACACUGUCCAUAGUCACUAUUUGCUCCAUUAUCACUUGUUUUUUUGAGAAUGAUUGCUUUUUAUACAUCUCUGUUAGUUGUGUUUGUGAAGUUUCAUUGACGUAUUCAGCAGAGGAAGGACAUAAAAAGAAAUCUCUGCUGGGAAUCUCUGCUGUGAUUUGAUCUGAGGCCAGAAGGAGCUCGCAGGACUCCAGAGGCUGCCCUGUGGGCUCAAACACAAAGGCGCUCUGAAAACACAUCAAAGUUUCACACAUAGUUGCGGCUAAUAAGUCCACCAGCAGUCUGUCGGGUUAUGCCGGCGUAAUUAUUUCAGUCCAGCUAUCAUGUUGAAUGGCAAUGUGCGAAUGAGAUUAGAUGUGAAAAAUCAGACCUGUCAGAUGGUAAACUGCACAUUAGGUCAUUAAAGAGAAGAUGAGAUAUAUGGUGUAUCUUUUGUACUAUUCUAAUAUGCAAAAACUCAUAAUUGUAGGAGCAUUUGAUGAGAAAAGGGGAUACAAUUGUACCUUUACAGGAUAAGAAACUUUAACCCUCUCUUUAUUUCUACUUUAAUCCCAAGACUUUGCCCAUUUACCCGAGCUGUCAUAUGAAUCCCAGUGUGCCAUAUCCCUGCAGAUCAAAAAUAAUACUGUAACUCACAUCCCUGUAAAGCUUUUUUCUUGUUAAAAUUGAUCUCCUCUGUGCUAUUCAGCCUUCUUCUUCCCCUCGCUCCAUCUGUCUGCCUCCCCUCAGGAGGGCAAAACUACCAGCAGAAGAAAGGUCACUGCUGCGCUACAGUCUCUCUCCCCUUCUCUCUCUCUCUUAAACACACACACACACACGCACGCACGCACGCACGCAGCCUCACACAAAGCAAGGCACAUUUUAGAUAUGCUCUAGUUCAUAGACUUCUAAAAUCCCUUUUUAAAUCAAUGUAUUCAAAUCAGGCCUCGGAGACUUGAAUAUUAAGAUUUUGUCAUUUACCUUCAAAACCAGAGAUAAGAGGACAGUGGAUUUUUUUUAUCCUCUCUCCUCCUUUUCUUUGGUAAAGUUUGACUUCCAAUGAUACCAAUUAUAUAAGAAGAAAGACAUUAUAACAAUCUCCAGGGAUAGAAAGUUCGUUUUAGGACACCUUCAGACUUCUCUGAUGGACACACACGUACCUGUCCCUCUUUUUUAGAGCACAGGUGUCAAACUCAAGGUCCGAGGGGCCAAAUCUGGCCCAUGGAACAAUUAUAUCUGGCCCACAAGAUCAUAUCAUAUUUGUAUUAUUAUUGGUCCACCAGUAUGAAGUCUGCAGAUUUCCUCCAGUAUAAUAAUGUAAACUUUAGCACCAUUAUUAAAAUGUCCUUAAUAAACCACGAAAAUCUAGGAAAUUAAAGAGUAAGGAAGAUUUGAAAAGUAGUCAAGAAUGUGGGGGAAAAAAAAUAUUUGGAGUUAUGUUUCAUGUUUUCAAUUUUGCAUUUCAAGAUUACAAGUCAAACAUGAUUGGAUUUUUUAUUUCAUACUUUGUUUUUGUUCAACUCAGUAUUUAGACUUUUGUCAUUUUUAUACUUUAGAUUUGUGUAUUUGCUCUUUAUUUUUCUAUUUUUAAUAUCAUGCUCUGAUCUUUUGAACUAAUAAACAAAAAUAGAAUAAAACAUUUUAAAAUUUCUAUCUCAGAUUGCCUUUAAACUUACCUUUUUUUAUCUUUUUUGAUUUUCCAAAUGAUUUAUAAUCAUUGCUAUUUUUCUUACAUAUUUUUUGAAAAGGAGGUUGACAGUUUUGGUGAAACGUUGACCCUGUUUGGCUCUCAGGUUAGACCUAAAUCCAGAUUAUGGCCCUUGCUGUGGUUGAGUUUGACACCCCUGUUUUAGAGACUCUGAUGUCUCAGUGGAGCUGCAUGGGAACAUGUUUAAAGGUUUCAAUCAUCUCAGAGCAAUAGACUACUAACAAAGUUUAAAUAUUUCCAUCAGUCUUCAAAUUGUGUCCUGAAAACUUUACUUAUCAAGUCUAAAAUAAAAAAAGGGGAACUAAGUCGAUGUUUUGGUUCAAGCUGCAUUUCUGUCCGUUUAAAUACCUCAAUAGUUAAAAUGAUAGUGGUAUGCCAGCUAAUGCAAGUCUUACAAUCCUAAAUCUGAAAAAAUAAAUUGUUGGAUCAAUCCAUGCAGCAAAAACAACCAGUAGUAAGGAUAUUAAACAGGUCUAUAUCAGCAGGGGCCUGCUGCUCUUGUCAUACUGGCUUGCACUGGUAAAAGAUAUUGUAACUGUAGUCUGUUCACUCAUGUUUACUAGACUUUUCACCGGACUUUUUCGUCAUGCACUCCUAAUUGAAAGUGCCCUCGGUGGUUUUUCAAGUGCCGGUAUGAGUUGUUUGUGUUUCCGCUCAUGUAGCAACUUUAGCGCGACAGAUUUUGCACAGUAACCUACCUGUUUCUGGUGCACGUCUGCAGCCUCCAAAAUAAUCCCAGAUGACCGCGGUGCUUCUUUUCUUGGGGAUUAAAUCACCUAACUCCACUUGUGGUUGAAUUGAAGCCAUUUUAAAAUCGCGUUCACGUUUCAAACACGGAGAGCAGGUCACUGAUUGGUUAAUGUGACCUGUCCACGAGUAGCAUAUGCCGCUUCUGACUGGUGAGUUUGGCAGGACGUUGGGGAGACGGCAUGUAGGGGAGAGUGGGGUAAAUUGAGCCAAAGGGUAAGUUGAGCCAACCCCUGUUGCCUGGAAAUGAUAAAACAAACUGAUCAUGUGACCAAAUAUUUAGGAGAUGGGCAUCAAUUCAUGGAGUCUGUCAAGGUAAGAAGCACAUGGGUGAAGGGGAUUAGACAUUUAUUUACAAAAAAAAAAAAAAACAUUUUUCACUCUUGAAAGUGAAUUUAGUCUGUCGUAAGUUUUAUUAGAAUUGUGUUCAGACCAGAAAAGAUCAUUUUAAAUUUGCUUUAUACAUCAAUUGUGGUAUCUAUGAGCUACAACAUGAGGUCAAAAACAUAAAAGUCCACCAUCUUAGUUUAGAGGACUAAUAAAGUCAGAAAUUGACCAUAGGAGACUACUUUUUUUUGGCAUGCUAUAUUAUCAAGGCAGUUAUGUUUACACUCAUUCUGUUGGUUUGCAGGGAUGCAAAACAUCUUGAAAUAUAUGCAGAUACAUUAGUUAGAGACAAAACUAUGAAUGCCUUGAUGUAGUGAUUAGAAAUAUGAAAAAAUGGCUCAUCUUACCCCACUCUCCCCUACAUGCACUCCUCACCAUUGCACUAUUGUAAAUCCUAAUCUUGAACAUACAUUGAAUGUUCAGUGUUUAAUGUAAGCAUAUAGUAUUUAAUGUUUUAUGUUGUACAGGGAGAGCAAUGUUGUGCACACAUACCUGGCCAAUAAAGUUGGUUCUGAUUCUGACUCUACUCUUGUAAUAUAUCUCAAGAAACAAAACAACAAUCCAGCAAUGAUAAAGUGUUUAGCAACAGUGGCAGGACAAAGAGUUCCUUUUAUUUGGGCAGAAACCCUGAGUUGGACCAGAUUCACUGUCACUCUCCAUAACUGUUGACAAAACUUCACAUGUAAGCGUAAAGAGUUAGGGCAGAGUGUGGUUUCUUCAGAGCUUGUACCCUGUUUAUUCUGCUCACAGACAUGUAACGCACAUAACAUAUAGUGUGUUCUCUUUGCAUCUUAUUUUAGAUUUAUAUCCUCUGUAUGUGCUUCAAAAACACUGGCUUCACAGUCCUUGCGGUACGUGUAGGACAGUUACGUAAGAGGGACAGAGCAGGAGACAGAAAUAAAGAGAGAGAUCUUAGGUGCUAUUCUGGACAGAUAAGAAUGUGAGAAGGAGAAGCGGAGAGGCUGAGCUGUUGCAAAGCCUCCUGGCAAAGAAGCGGAGUCUUGUACACAGGAUUGGAAAGGUUUCACAACACCAACUACAUGAACACUUUCACUGGUUUCUUUCUUUUAGUUGUAUCAUUAUCCAGAGCGUAAUAAUAAUGGAGAUCUGAAGAGGUUUGUGCUAAUUUUAAAAUGAACAAAUAGUCGCAAAGUGUUUGUAACAUAAACCUUCAAACCCUUUCUGCAUAUUUAAUUGAUAUUUUCUACCCUUAUAUAAAUAUCCCUUAAAAUAUAUAAAUUAUGAGUCAAUGAGUAAAACCAUCCUGGAUAAAAUGUAGAUAAGUCAUCUCCUCACCUUGUUGCUAAAUCCACGGACCACAAAACAAAAUUAUUUGUCUGAUUUUGUGCCACUUGAAUUCAAACUACAAUAACUAUUUGCUUUAAAAUACUUUGCUGUAGUUUCUUAUUAUUAUAUCUACAGGUAUGAUUCCUCCAUGUUACUGUUUGUUCUGUCUUCUUCAGGAUGCAUGGAGCGACAGUGAGGGUCACGUGUCACUGGACAGCCAACAAGACUACGAGUUGAUUGAAGCCAGACAGAAACCUGAUGGAUUCUACCUGCUGUUCAAAAGACCAUUCAGCACCUGUGAUCCCAGAGACUACCUCAUAGAGGUUUGUGAAACUUGAUAUGUCAGAGGCAAAACAUGGUGUUAGAAAAGGAUUGUGGGUACAAAAAGCUGGGUGUGUUACCUGCAAUGUCGUCAUUUUCUAUGAAUGGACACAAAAAGCUCCUGUGAGGAUUUUUUGGUUGGUUUUGUAAGUGCUGAUGCCUCCAUCUACAAAGCAAAACCUACAUCAGAGAUUAAGGACCAUGGUAGUUUUUGUGUUAAGCUGUUUUUAAGGUGAUGUAACCUGUAUGGAGAAGGCUGCAUGAGUAUGUUUGACUGGAUUUUCUGUUUUACAUUCAUGCUUCCUCCUACAUCUUAUUGCAUAUGAGCACAUGGUAGGGCAAAGACACCUGUUGUUAAAUAUGUCACAUAUUGCCUUAAUGUAAAACUAACAUCUGCCAAUCCUCAUCCAACUGGAUUUGUCGGAUAACAGGUGGCCCGGAAAUGUGCGAUGUUGAGGGGAUGGUGUCUGAAUGCAUGUGUAUAACCUGAAGAAAAGCCACAGUGUUCUUGCUCUGUGGCCAUGUGUGCGUAGGAGAGUGUGUGUCUGCUCUUUUUUACCAGGUGUUUUAAUUCUGUAUUUAGCACAUGGGUAAAAAGCUAUGAGACGAGACAACAGGGAGAGAUCAUAAAAAUGUAAAAAGCACAUUUCCCACCGAAAAAUUCAUUAUAAAUAAUACGGUUUCCAUGGUAAUACAGAUUCAGACUCAAAACCAAGGCUCAUCGCUAUGACAACAUAAUGAAAAGUUCUCUUUGUUUGUCUAAGCAUUUCAGCCAAAUGAUAUCUGUAAGAGCUUUUUAAUUUGAGACACAGGCCUGAUGUUCUCUUCUUCUUCUUCUUCUUUUUCUCUGUUUCAUUUUGAUUGGCCAGGAGGGAACUGUGCACGUUAUUUAUGGACUUCUAGAUCAACCACUCCCCUCACUGGAGCAGCUGAACCUCUCUCGUAUCCACACAGGAGUACAGAGGAUCCUGAUGCUCCGCCCUGACACUCCAUCACCCACCCUGCCUCCAGAUGUGGAGACACUGGAUGUUGUUGCACCAAAUGUCAUCAUACCAAAUCAAGAGACUACCUACUGGUGCUUCAUACAGGAGCUGCCUGAAAACAUGCCAAAGAACCACAUUGUUAUGGUAUGUAGGCCUCCAUAAUCGCAAACAGUUGAAAUCCGCUUAAAGGGAUAUUCCGGCGUAAAAUUAAUUUAGAGUCAAACACACCGCAACCUCAAGAAAUUAAUGUUGCCAACCGCUUGCUUCUCUAGUUUUACCAAUUUUAGUAACGACUGCAGAUAGCAAAGUACAGUGGUCUGAGGAGCCAUAAACAAACCUCAACCAAAUCGCCACUCUAUAGCCACAAAUAAUGCUCAGAACAGCACCUAACUUCAUCAACAGUACAUAGAAGGUCCCAGCCACAGUACUACCCACCAAACAUCUUUUUAACUUUGCCUGAUUUCUUUAGCAAAAAGACUAAACACAACUCACCUACUCUCUUUCAGCAGCUGCUUGUUUGUAGCGAGACCUCGACCAGUCCAUUUGCGGGGUGACACAGCUCAAGGAGGAACAUUUAUGAUAAUUUUAUCAUGGAAAUGCAAUCAGACCGAGACGCUAAGGCAGAAGAACUACCACAUCUGCGGUGCAAAAUGAAAAACUUCAAGGAAAUGAUAAAGAAAUUAUCAUAAAUGUUCUUCCUUGAGCUGCGUCACCCCACUGCAGUCCCUAAUGUCUUGGCCUGAGGUCUCGUUACAAACAAACAGCUGCUGGAAGAGAGUAGGUGAGUUGUGUUUAGUCUCUUUUCUAAAGAAAUUAGGCAAAGCUUAAAAGAUGUUUGGUGGCUAGUGCUGUGGCUGGGACCCUAUGUGAACUGUUGAUGAAGUUAGGUGCUGUUCUGAGCAUUAUUUGUAGCUAUAGAGUGGCGUUUUGGUUGAGGUUUGUGUGUGGCUACUCAGACCACUGUGUAUUGCUAUCGUGCGGUUGAUACUAAAGUUGGUAUAACUAGAGAAGCAAGCGGUCGGCAACAUUCAUAUCUGGGGAGGAUUUUUAUUUUACGCUGAAAUAUCCCUUUGAGUUGUGAACAGUAGGGUGCGUAUUAAAUGAAGAUUGUUCAAAGACAGCUUAAAAAUCCAAGGGCUGCUUUGUCAUGGGUCAAAGGAGGAGAAAAAGAAUGAAAACAAACAGCACCCCACAGGUGUAUCUUUUAAAAGGAUGGGAUAACAUUAGAAGAGCAUUGAUAAUGCACUGUACUCUGCAUAUAAUGAAUUUCAGAGAUGUUUUUAUUGAUAUAACUGUGCUUCGAAGCAAUGUUGCCACAGCUUUCAGCCACAAAAACAACAGCACUCUCUCUUUUUUUCACUUGUUUCUUUCCCACCUCUCUCUGUUUCUGUCAGUAUGAGUCAGUGAUAACUCCAGGUAACGAGGCCAUCGUGCACCACAUAGAAGUGUUUGAGUGUUCUCCCGAUAUGCCCAAUGUUCCGCACUACAGCGGCUCCUGUGAUGACAAGAUGAAGCCGGGCAAGCUCAAUUUCUGCCGCCAUGUGCUGGCUGCAUGGGCCAUGGGUGCUGAGGUAUGAUGGGAAACAGACACCCACGCACAUCCUCUAACUUAACUCCCACUGACUGUAUUCAUGCCCACAUCCUCAAACCAAAACAGUCAUACUAACAACAUGAAGACUGACCUGGUUUGACUUUUGUUAUUCCAGUCUAUUUAAACUGUCCUGAAAAUAGAAGCAAACACCUUUAGAUAAUCCUAGAUAAAAAUAUACAUUGACAAGUUUUUUUUUUUUAAAUAAACAUUGGCUGAACAAGUCUCUAAUUAAAUAAGAGUUGGAAUAACUUGCGAUUUUGGUCCAGUCAUUGUUGCUAUCAUGAGAGAUAAACAAUAACUCCUACACUUGUAAUAUUUCUGCCGUACUGCAGGCAGGGAACUUUAUGAAGAUGAUCCCACGCCUAGCAAAAAUCUAUUAGGAGCCUAAAGACAGUCUGUAUGUGGGAAGCACUCUCACAUGCAAAAUUCACAAGCCUGUUUGUGUGGACACUCAACACAGAGUCAAAUGAAAACACAUGUACGUUGUUUAAAAAGAGGUUCCACAUUGAGAAAGAGGAUGGCAGACACUCUCAUUCAACAGAUUAAUUUGACAAAAAAAAUAAAAUGUGCAGGGUUUUUUUUACAGGUUGUUGAUUUUCCUGGUCUCUAUCAGCGGUGGAAACUACAUUAUUACAUUUACUACUUUGUGUGCUCUUGCUCUUUUUGUUGUUAAUAUUGCACUACCCUGCUUUCGUUAAUGCAUCCUUUACAGAGUUAAAAAGGUGAAAAGCAGAAAAGAUGCAAGCCGUUUACUAACUGCCUGACUGCCAGCUGUUUAUCUGUUAUGGGUUAAUUACUCCCCAAUGAAACACCGCUUUUACAAAACUGGCACCUCUGUCCAAUCACAGUAAAGAAGACUCUGACCCACAACCUGAUUUUCAUCCUGAGACUCUAACAAAUAGCAGUCAUUGGAUCCAGAAAGUCAGGCUACAAAAAAACCUGGUUAGGUGUUGAGUCAACAUAUUCAUGAUCUCCUGUUGAUUUUAUACUUUGACUGUUAACAUAGGGAAAUACUUUAACAUAAUUUAGUGUAGUAGGUUCUCAAAGUUUAUCAUUACUUCUGUUUUUAGCCAAGUGACCUUAGCCUACUGUUACUUUAAUAUUUCAGCACAUUCCCCCUUAACAGCUUGAUAUCUUUAAAUCAACAUGGAUGAAAUGAGUGCAUAUAGUUUGAAAUGUUAUGCCCACGGACAAUCAUCCCCUGGACUCCAAAGUUUGCAAGCAAGCAAUACUUCCCUUUUUACACUUUUAGUAAUUCCACUUAUGGCUUAAUUUCCCCCUUUAAACCACAGGGGGGUGCUAUUUUGGGGGUAAAUAACUCAAAAUGCAUUAACUUACUACACUCACCGGCCACUUUAUUAGGUACACCAUGCUAAUAACGGGUUGGACCCCCUUUUGCCUUCAGAACUGCCUCAAUUCUUAGUGGCAUAGAUUCAACAAGGUGCUGGAAGCAUUCCUCAGAGAGCUUGGUCCAUAUUGACAUGAUGGCAUCACACAGUUGCCGCAGAUUUGUCGGCUGCACAUCCAUGAUGCGAAUCUCCCGUUCCACCACAUCCCAAAGAUGCUCUAUUGGAUUGAGAUCUGGUGACUGUGGAGGCCAUUUGAGUACAGUGAACUCAUUGUCAUGUUCAAGAAACCAGUCUGAGAUGAUUCCAGCUUUAUGACAUGGCGCAUUAUCCUGCUGAAAGUAGCCAUCAGAAGUUGGGUACAUUGUGGUCAUAAAGGGAUGGACAUGGUCAGCAACAAUAUUCAGGUAGGCUGUGGCGUUGCAACGAUGCUCAAUUGGUACCAAGGGGCCCAAAGAGUGCCAAGAAAAUAUUCCCCACACCAUGACACCACCACCACCAGCCUGAACUGUUGAUACAAGGCAGGAUGGAUCCAUGCUUUCAUGUUGUUGACGCCAAAUUCUGACCCUACCAUCCGAAUGUCGCAGCAGAAAUCGAGACUCAUCAGACCAGGCAACGUUUUUCCAAUCUUCUAUUGUCCAAUUUCGAUGAGCUUGUGCAAAUUGUAGCCUCAGUUUCCUGUUCUUAGCUGAAAGGAGUGGCACCCGGUGUGGUCUUCUGCUGCUGUAGCCCAUCUGCCUCAAAGUUCGACGUACUGUGUGUUCAGAGAUGCUCUUCUGCCUACCUUGGUUGUUGGGGUGGUUAUUUGAGUCACUGUUGCCUUUCUAUCAGCUCGAACCAGUCUGGCCAUUCUCCUCUGACCUCUGGCAUCAACAAGGCAUUUCCACCCACAGAACUGCCGCUCACUGGAUAUUUUUUCUUUUUCGGACCAUUCUCUGUAAACCCUAGAGAUGGUUGUGCGUGAAAAUCCCAGUAGAUCAGCAGUUUCUGAAAUACUCAGACCAGCCCUUCUGGCACCAACAACCAUGCCACGUUCAAAGUCACUCAAAUCACCUUUCUUCCCCAUACUGAUGCUCGGUUUGAACUGCAGGAGAUUGUCUUGACCAUAUGUGAUUGGCUGAUUAGAAAUUAAGUGUUAACGAGCAAUUGGACAGGUGUACCUAAUAAAGUGGCCGGUGAGUGUAUGUAGCUCUUGAAAGAGGCUACCAAUGAGAAAACAGGAAAUAAUUAACUUGUUUGCUAAACAGGACUUGGAUGAACCCCCCCCAAACAAAGCGCUAUUAAGGAGUGAGUGUUGGACUGGGAGUCAAAAUGUGCCAAGAAACACUUAUUUAGAUGAUUUUAGUAAGUUGCAACUUUUGCCAAUUUUUGUUACAGAUAACUGCAAGCAAACAAUAUUGUGUUACAGCAUGUUUUGCUGCCCCUAAUAGACCAAAAAACAUUGCACUUCUUUUAGACAGUUGAUCAAAAUACAGAGAAACUGUUUAGUGCAACUUCACAGUGACAGUAUUUCUUAGAGUAUAUUUAUUCUGGCAUAUUCAGCUAGCAAGAAGUCAGCCAGCUAAAAGCCCUCCUGGCUGUAAGAUAUUUUAUUUGAAAGUCACAGAAAAACACCAUAAAAGUAAGUUUUUGGUGAUUUUUGAAAAAAGACAGAUAAUGCAGUUCCCUGACUUCAUAUCAGGAGAAAAGUCACCUGUUUCCAAAGCCCUCUAGCACCCUAUGCAUGCACUAUGAGUAGUUAGUUACCAACCAGUCCGCUGACCAAGCAAGGGCGCAGCCUUCUGGUCACAUGAACCAGAGAGGAUAGGGACCAGCAAGCCUGUCACCAUAUUUCUCUGCUCCGCUCCCUGUUGUAUCACAGCCAACCUGGCCCCUCUGAUUGGAUUAUCUGCCAGGCAAACAAAAACAUGCAGGAUGCCUUCUGUGGGCUGUGAGCUGUGAAGACAAGAUUAGGUGGGAAAUAUUCAGGCCUCUUUCAUCACCUCUUAAUAGUGUUGUUUCAUUCUCCCAGGCACUGCAUCAGACGGGGGAAACACGGCCUUCCGAAAACACAAAGCAAAGACAGGAGAGGAAAACCAAGUGGUGGAAGUUUGAGAGUAACAAUAAUGUACGACACGGUCAGAAAGCAAAGAGAGGGGAAAAAAACAGGGAGAGUGCGUGCUUGUAGGGGAGAAAGCAAGUCUCGGAGGAUUUUACAGCGAGGACAUGAUUUAAUAAAACAAUUCUCUCCUCCUUUUCAAGAUGUAUGUGUCAGCAGAAGAGGCUUAAGGUGGGCUGCCUACUAGAAUAGGUGAAGACACUGAUGGCGAAUCAAUACUUCAUCAAGAUUCCUUUAUAAUUGCAUGGAGGCUUGAUGCCCAUAGCAGCAGACGUGACUCAGAAAUUAAUUUUUGCUUGGAGAAGAGGAACAGUUAGUAACCAAAGACUGAACAAUGAAGAGAGGAAAAACAUGUGUCUUACAAGUUGACACAGCAUCCCUGAGGGAGAAGCCACAAAAAAUAUGAGAUUUCUGUAUGCAUACUAUAGUCAGUGUAGGUUUUUUUCAGCCUGCUCACUGAUCCCUAAAGGCUAACGAGAGAUGCGAAAACGGACAUGAUUCAAAUCAAUAUGCUGAUGUCCCCUUUGCUGAGAAAAAAAAACACUUUAUGAUUUGUUGUAGUUUCAUUUUUAACUCCUGUGGGUGGCUGGGAGUUUGGAGUAGGCUAGUUUUUAUAUUUGGAGGCCACCAUCAAAAAUGUGGCGGACUUCACCUAGCAGGGCCAGAAAGGUUGCCUAUUAUGCAUGCACUUUGAGCAAGAAAAUAUAAAAGUAUAAUUGUAGUUAUUUAGGAUUGAUACAACUUUGACUGGAGGUUGCACAUUAAGGAGACUGGAAGUUAAACUAGGAUGUCCAACUGUAGACUAAAUGAACUUUUCUCUACUCUGAGACAGAAAUGUGUGAGUUCUAUCAAUGCUGGACAGAAAAAAACAAAAACAAAACAUAAGCUACAGUGAGGUUAUAGAGAUUGUGCGACAUUUCAGAAACACAUUUAUAAGAUGAAUACAUAGUGUUUUCAGCGUCAAUAAUCUUGUCAAAAUGUGAAGAAAACAAGCAGCUGUGAACAAAUAAGAGCACUGAUAUCUUGUGUGUUCACUUUCAGGCUUUUUACUACCCUCCUGAUGCAGGGCUGCCCAUGGGUGGACCAAGCUCCUCGAGAUUUCUUCGCCUGGAGGUCCAUUACCACAACCCCCUCCUUAUAGCUGGUACAGCCCACACACAAACACACAUCCGAACUCAGACUGUCACAAAUGCUUUCUAUUUCUGUCUCAAACACACACACACAAAGCAUCAGGAUUCGCUGCGUCUUUCCUGAUAAGAGUCAGGCUCUUUCACAGGGCAAAUUAUUUAAAUUUCUUCCACACAUACUUUCUGAUCGCACCUGAACGAGUCACUGCAGACUCUGUUUCCCUUAUCCAGAUUAGAGCUGAGCUCAUAAUAUCCAAAUGUCCUACAUAAUUAUCUAACUAAAUCUCUCCCCUCUAACUUCCUGGCAAUUUAAGAUUAAUCUCAAGCAAAUACUUUGCUUCAACUUGGAAUUUCUCACACUUACAGUCAACCCAGAAUAAAAGCUAGACUGGUUUGCACAGUGAUUUUUGUUUAAAUGUGUUUAUUUUUUUAAUGUGAGACAUUUUCUGCAGAUUUUAGAGGGUUGACAGCAGACAAAUGAAGGUAGUGUCCAACUUAAAAUGCUUGAAAUUGAACCCCCAGGUCACUAGGGAACCUUAUUAGUUUCAAAUUUCACAUCCAUUUCACAAAAAUGACCAGAACAGCCCUUAAUGUUUCACAGAUUCUGCCAGGCCACAGUCUUUUUUCCCUCCACAAAGUAUUUUCCCCUGGCUUAAAAUUACAAACCUUAAAUUGUUUUCUGGCCUAUGCAUGAUAAACUCCAGGUGACAUUACAGUCUCUCUCCUGACUUUCUGUUGAGUUGUGCCUAACUUUAUUUGCUGUCUCUCCUCACUGCAGCAUAAUUCUGGCAGGUAUUUUGUUAAAAUCGAGAAAUAAACUGACUAUUUACCCUAUUUCAAUGUUCUGUAAUAUCUUUGUGCAGGCCGUCGAGACUCAUCUGGGAUAAGGUUACAUUACACCCCCAGUCUGCGGCGUUAUGAUGCGGGAAUCAUGGAGCUUGGCCUUGUUUACACACCCAUCAUGGCUAUCCCACCCAAACAACACUCUUUCUACCUCAGUGGAUAUUGCACCUCCAAGUGUACCAAGACAGUGUGUAUAAGAAAAGCAUUUGUUGCAUUAUUUAUGCUGGAAAUGUUAUAAUACUGGGUAAAGAUUUUUACUUUGGAGCUUUCUUCAAGUUUUGGUCCCUACAGCAGAAAAAUGUUGCUUGGGGCUGAAAUGUUUGUUAUUGUUUCUCUGUUUGUUCAGGCUUUGCCUCCUGGGGGAAUCUAUAUAUUUGCAUCUCAGCUGCACACUCACCUGGCGGGUCGUGGGGUGAGGACAGUUUUGGUGAGAGGAGGCAAAGAACUGGAAGUGGUGCAGGAGGAUAAGCACUUUAGUACACACUACCAGGUGAGUAAAUAAAAGGCCAGAAAAAGUCAGUACAAAGAUCCAGCUUUGGGCAUUGAUUCUUAUAAUAUAUUACAUUAGAAAAAAAGAUGUUUUACUUCACAUUUUCAAAAGGUGUCAAUAAAAUGUACUAAAUUGAAUCCUACCAUAUUGAUUGUAUUGAUCAUGUUUAAAGGGAUGUUAUGGCGUAACAUUAAUUUAGGGUCAAACACACCGUAUCACCGAGUUAGACGUGCCCUUGAGAGAUAAAUGUUGCCGAGCGCUUGCUUCUCUAGUUAUACCAACUUUGGUAACGACCGCACGAUAGCAAUACACCAAAACGCCACUCUAUAGCCACAAAUAAUGCUCAGAACAGCACCUAACUUCAUCAACAGUACAUAAAGGAUCCCAGCCAUAGUGCUGGCCACCAAACAUCUUUUUAACUUUGCCUAAUUUCUUUAGCAAAAAGACUAAAAACAACUCACCUACUCUCUUCCAGCAGCCGUUUGUUUGUAGCGAGACCUUGGGCCAGUCCAUUACGGACUACUGCAGGGUGAUGCAGCUCAAGGAAGAACAUUUACGAUCAUUUAUGAUACUAAAGUUGGUAUAACUAGAGAAGCAAACAGUUGACAACAGUCAUCUCUCGAGGGGGUGUCUAACUCGGUGUUACGAUGUGUUUGACGCUAUAUUAAUUUUACGCCGGAAUAUCCAUGAAAUCUUUUUAUAUUUAAUGGUGUUGAUUAUAAUGUGUUGUAUAAUGCACUCAAAGCUGUGUGCAACGGGAAUAGAAUAUAUAUUAAAAGAAAACAUCACUCCCCCUUUGAACUUUUGAGUCAAGAAAACUGAUAACCAAGACAAAGUGAGCUUCAUGUAAAGAGGGUGGAGUGGCAUUAUCAAACCCAUUAUUUGGCAGCCAUAGAUAUACCUGACCUAGCCAGGUAAACAUAUCUGAUUAUAAAAUCUAUGUUUUUGUCAGAGCAAAACCAACACUAUAACAGCCUGAGCCCAUAUGUUGAUAAAAAAAGGACAUAAAUCUGAAGAGCAGCCUAGAAAAGGAGAAAUUUCAUCCUUAUCAAAGCCAAUUUAAAUCCUGACACAGCAGAGGGCUGCAGUUUUUAGCAAGCAUUUACUCAAAGCUGAAAAUAUAGUGCCUUUGUUUGGGACUGUUCCUAGCAGUGGAUUAAUCUGCAUAUGGUGCUGUUGUCUUGUAAGAACUGCAAAACAGAUUACUGCUCCCAUGUUUAUUUUAAUGAGGGAACACAUCAGGCGGCAACCAUAUGUCUUUUUAUGUUUUUUAGCACUACAGUGGAGAUUUACAUGAGAGGAAUGAGCAUGUCUUACUCUGGCUCUACAGAAAGCACUUGCUCCACAUCCGUCAACAAGAUAUCAGAUCUGACAAACAACACGAGACCUGUUGUGAGACAGCAGGAAACAUCUGUUUGUUUCCUUUUAAACACAGGACAUAAAAUCUCCAGCGUCUGUUGAUGUCAGACUGAUCUAAAUCUACCUGUGUGGCGGUGACGUUUUGAACCCUGCAGCCUCAUCAGGCUUUUGCAGACUUUAUAAGCAGUCUAAGCUAAGCUGGACGAAUGUUAGCUUAGUGUAAAAAGAGUGUGGCUACACCUUUGGUUACCUGGAAGGCAAAACAAGUAUAGAGUGGCUUUUUGGUUGAGGUUUGUUUAUGGCUCCUCAGACCGCUGUGUAUGGCUAUCUGCAGUCGUUACUAAAGUUGGUAUAACUAGAGAAGCAAGUGGUCGGCAACAUUAAUCUCUGGAGGGGGUGUCUAACUCGGUGUUCCGGUGUGUUUAUUCAAGGGCGUUUAAACAAAAAUAUGAAAACACAAUAAUUGAAAAAUAAGUAGAUUUACCUGCUUUUUUUCUUUCCUGUUUUCUACAGACGAUUCGAGUUCUACACAAAAUGGCGAAUGUGUUACCUGUAAGUAUGAAGCUGAUCUCAAAGCCUGUGAUUCAAUUUUCAGCACAGACACUUUUCCCAGAGUAGAAAGGAGAUUUUACUAUUCUGCAAGCUCAUCUGUCUCUUCCUGAAAGGGAAAGUGCCCCAGAUGUUCUUUUUCACCCCUUUUGCAUUUAAAGUGUUGAAUUAAAACACCUCUCUGCUGUGUAAGGUGCUUAUACGGGAGGAAAUGGGGAUAGGCUGUAAAAUCAGCGCUGUUAUGAGAUGUUCUGUAAAAACAGCGGCUGAGCUCCAAAAAGCAAAAACUUUAUUCAGCGAGCAUCUGGCUUUCUGAAAUGACUGAAUUUUCGGUGAGUAAGCUUAGAUUAACGUUACUGGGCUUCAUUCAACAGCUGUUCACUUGAGGAUAUUUCUUUUUGAAACCCACUUACUCGGUAUUUAAAGAGAGAAUUACGGGUGUUUUCUUACCUAGAACUUACCAACACUACGGAGCAAACUUUUCCAGUUACUUUUCCUAAUCAUGCAACUGUUUACUACAAAAUCGCAAAUGUAGAAAUAUGAUUUAAAAUGUGGUAAGUUUCACGUUAAUUAUGAUAUGCUUUUGCUGUGCUGUGGUUGAAACUGCAAAAGAGUGCACAUGGUUCUGUAGUCUCAUGCACUUUUAAGGGCAUUGGAGGGUUGACCCCAUAGACUGUGUAUACAAUGGACAACUUGGUUCUGCCUUCUGACAGUAAACGUAUUUGAAACCCUGCAUUUUUUUCUCUACUUCCUGAAACCAACAUUGCGCAGUAACAUUGUAUGCACGCCACCACUUGUGCAGUAGCAUUGUACGCAUUCGGCGGAGAGUCACUGUGAUGACGCUCAGCUCAAACAGUGUAUCCCCUGGGUGAGCUACGAAAUCUUGGUACGCCCAUAGGCUGUAUCGCCCAUAGGCUGCAAUAAAUGCACAUUACACUAGGAAAAACUUAGGAAGACAUGAUGUAUAUAAAUUGGAAUCUCCUCUAGGGAGUAUUUAGCUGUUAUUAAGCGAUCUGAAAUGAAUACUGAUGUGUUUUCAGAAGCAAAAGAGAGUGAACAAACCCAUUAGUGACAGGUUAAAGGUCUCUUUCUUUUCAUUAUCACCUAAAACCACUGCCAAAGGGUAGGUGUCCUACAUAGCGACUUCAUGCUAAAGGAACAGCUUUUCUUGUCUUCUCCUCUAAGAGCAAAAAUUUACACAACCUACUAAUAAAAUGCAGGAUGGUAUAUUGUGCUUAAAUAAAUACACAUACAUGCACCAGAUAAUGUAAGAAAGGGGCGCCAAAAUCAGCGUGGACCAAAAGGAGCUCUAACAUGUUCAUGAAUCUGCAUCAGACUGUCUCAGGCACUAACAAAUUUGAGAAAGAUUUCCAGAAUUUAUUAGCAUGUGUAGAUUUUUGUUUUACUGUUGAACUUGAAAUAUGCAGAAGUGUGUGUUUUUGUGCUUGAUCCCACAGGGUGACGUCCUCAUAACAAAGUGUACCUUCAACACAGAAGACAGGAACAAGCCGACAGUGGUGAGCAGCAUACAUACAGCAGUCUCAAGUACUAUUUUUAUAUUCCAGAGGUUCACCUUGAGCACUGACACCAACAACAAUAGAAGAUAUCCUUGAGUAUUGCCGUAUUUAAUCUCUCCCCUUCCUCCAUCUUUCUCCUUAAAACUCAGUGUAAUCCUACCAUCUCUUCCUCUUUUAAUAGCUUCUGCUGCUCUAUGUACUCUCUAUCUAUGCUGUCCUUCAUCCAAAUCUCUUUUUCCCCUAAGGGAGGUUUUGGCAUUAUGGAGGAGAUGUGUGUCAACUAUGUUCACUACUACCCUCGUACCAAACUGGAGCUGUGCAAGAGCCAUGUUGACCCAGAAUACCUGCAGAAAUACUUCAGCUUUAUGAACAGGUAGCACAACGCGCCGCCUUUCCUUUCAAUCAUCCACAUGUUCCCCUUGUCUUUCUUUUCUCCUGCUUCUUCCUCUACAUCUUCAGUGUGACUAAGCACUUUUUUUGGUUUCAGCAUUCAUCCCCUCCCUCCCAGCAUCCAUCACUCCCGGGAACCACAGUGAUUACUUCUUUUAAUCUUGAAAUCCUGCUGCUUUGUCCUUUAAGUGAUCUCCUAACACCAGCUCUGUCUGCUUUUUUUCCAAUCUCGUCCUCCUUUCCCAAUCUCACUCUCCCUGCCUUGUUCAUCGACUUUCCGUCACCCUCUCUUUCUCUCUUUUCUCCUCCCCUCCAGGUUCCAUGGGAAUGACCGGUGUGUGUGUGGUGAAGUUGGUGUGACGGAGCAGUAUUCGCAGCUGCACUGGGACCCUUUCGCUGGGGAAGUUCUGGACUCCCUUUUCAACACGGCACCCAUAUCAAUGCACUGCAACCAGUCCUCUGCACGCCUCUUUCCUGUAAGCCCCUGUCACACACAUGCUUCAAUUUGCCUGCCAGUUAAACCAGUUCACUGGCAGGCGACAGUCGGAUCACAUAUAGUCAGACCAGCUGAACUGAAGGCUUGUUAACUUGUGAUACAAACACGGACGCACGAAAUGUAUCCAGAUCAGAGCGGGUAAAUCCAAACAGUGUAGGAGCCUUGAUCAAAUUGUUUUUGCAACAUCAGUUGUGCUACUGCAAACCAGGUCAGACACACCAAGAUGAAACAAAUCCCAGUGUGACUAGAAAGAGAACGAGAAAACAAAGCCAGCUGAAGUAGGUUUAGAAAUCGGCUCACAAACAUCGGGAGGAGGCUAAUGGAAGGAGGCGUAACGCUUGAUCUCAUUAGUAUGUAAAGAUGCUGUUAAGGGUCUCAGUUUCCAAACAUUUACUACAGUAACUCCAAUCAAAAUAUGUGGUCUUUUACAUAAGCCAGUAUAGAUUAGGUUUGUAGUUCCACCUCUCAAGGGCAGUUCAAGAUAUUUUCAGUGAAGUCAACAUGCAUAAAAUAAAUAAGAUUCAUUCAGAGUUACGGCUAAAAGUCAGGAUUUGAGAGUAUUUACUCUUUUCAGCAGCAUUUAACAAAGUGGAGUCACUAACCAGCCUUGCUCACAGUCACUAACAUUGAUUUUGGACACAUGCAGUGCAGGCAAUAUUGUAUAUAUCAACAAAGCCACAUGUGACCUGAGAUUGUGUACAGCUAAAGACAUAUUAACAAUCGAAAUCUUUGAAAGUCAUCCUGGCUGCCUCCAUGCAGGUCAUCUGCAUGUGGAGGUUUAGAAAGCGUUUGACUAAAAGCUUUGGUCUUGCAGAGAUGGAGCUACAUCUCAGCUUUAUAAACAAAAGCUCCAAAAGCUACAAGAAGCGCUCAGAACUACAUUGGUCCAUGUUUUCUAUCACUCUCAGUACCUUACAUUACAGGAAAGCUUUGCUCUGCAGUCAUGGGGAAACUGGGAGUACCUAACCGGUGGCAUCUCGGCUGGUUCCAUCAUCUCGUGUUGCAUCCUUAAAACAACCAUUGCCUUGACCUCUAGGUUGGGGGUUGCAACAAGACAGCUGCCUAUUGAAUCUUUCAUAUUAGAGGUACAGUCCUCAGCACACUGCCCUCUUUGGUUCUCCUCAUUGAAGACAAUGGGCUCUAUUUUCGUGUCUGCCGGCAAUGCAGCGGAGGGUGGCUGUGUUAAACCCACUCCACGCCCUCUCUCCUUCCUCCCUACGACUUACACCGCUGAGAGGAGCUGAGUUAGGGAGGGGGGAUACCUACCCUGGGCUGUGCCGCUCACCAAAAAAAACAAAUUGUACUUGGGAACGCCUUGUCGGCAUGGCGGACCUGACUUACGCCGUGCCUGCGCCACGACGUUGGCGAGGCACGAAAAUAGAGCCCAUUGUGUCCACAGGGAUAAAGCAUCCUAGCACAACCAUGGCCAGUCUUGCUUCCUCUGUGCCUUCUCCCAUUUCCAGCAAUAGCAUCAACACCAAACAGAACAUAGUGAGGCAACCACAAACCUCUGUUGUUACCUCAAGUCACCAGGGAGGCCUCGGGUCCCAACAGUUCACAGAUUUCAGGACUGAUCUCUCGGGUGUCUGCGUAGGAGGCUCUGACUGCUUGGGUGUCACAUGUGAAUUUGAGCCCGCGGCUGCAGCUGGAUCUUCUUUGUUGGUCCUAUAAACACACAGAUCCAAUCAUCAUGACCCGCAGUGCAUCCUCCACACUGGUGGAAGGCCUUGGGAGAAUCUGAGGAAAGGUUUUCUUCUGUUGUAUUGCAAGCUGUUGUUGUAAACCUUCACGCAGGCUGUCAAAGACCCAUCAUAAUCUCUCCUCUUUCCACUCAUGGAGUCAGGGCUUGAGUGGUGUGAGCAAAAGUUGCUUCUUUGACAAAAACGCUGGUGGCACUUGACCACGUAAACUUGCCAAAGAGAGGGCAGGUUAGCUGCCAGAUAUGUGUCGAUCUAAGAACAGAGGCAUCAUCCUUCAUCAUGACAUGGGCUGUUACGUGGUUUGCCUGACAUUGUCCUUGUUUAAUCACAAAUACUACCUGCUUGUGCACAAAAUGCUGCCUUGGUUGUCAUCCAUAAGUAAUUACACUUAGAUUUGUAACCCUUGUCUUCUCACAAAAACUGGUCCCGAGGCGAAAGUUAUGAUCUUCAUGAAACAAAAAUUAAGGCUAUUUUACCCUUGAUGCUUCUGUUUACCUCAACCUUUUAAUUUUCUUGGGAAACAUGAGAUGAGUUGCUCAGAAAUGAAUCAACAAUCGACAUAAGCAGCGGAACGAAACUGACAGAUUAACUGGCAUAACACUGCUGACCUUGUAUGAAUCACUUCACACAAAAACACUUCAGCAGGGGACCUUGUGAAAAGGGAAAGAAACUGACACUUCACAGUUUUUAAGCUGUCUCGUUAAAAUCCACUCAUAAUAAGAUGAUGAAAAUCACCCUUUUGUGCAUAUUUUGAAAGGACAAAUGUGCAGACACCAAACCCGUUGUUUAAAUUUCAAGGACACUUUUUUUGGGGUCAUAUCAGCACCUUUUAAUCUUUAACCAUCUCAUUCCUUCAGGGAGACUGGGAAAAACAACCUGUGCCAGAGGUCACAUCCAUCCUUGAAAAGCCUCGCUACCCCUGUGAGGGAAAGCCUGUGACACCCACAGUCUGAGGGGGGGGCAGCUUCGGAUCAGGGCAAGGACACCCUAUAUAGAAAAGUUAAAGAUGCACCUGUGACUUUGUAGAAUUAAAAUGAUGAUGUUCCCCAUUUGUUUCUCUCACACAGUCUGUGAUCACAUAUAUUCACCUGCUUUCUGUGUCCCAAUUAGCAUUAAGAUUGAUGAUCCUAUUCAUGUGUCAUUUUUACCUGAAUCAGACAACGGCAGUAUUUCUUACACUAAGGACUAAACAAGUUCAAGUGCUACUGGUGAGCUGAUGUUGGGGACCAGAUGUGUUUGCCUACACCAUCUGCAGAAUUUCUCUUAAAGGAAAUUGUGAUUUAAUACAUUGUUCCAUAUAUUAUUUUCUGUGUUGAAUAAUAAAUGUAACAGAAAUGUU